ACAUUCACAAACAAUGCUGCCUCAAUUUCUUUCAGUCUCAAGUGUGCAUGACUAACUGAUAAUUUCCUGCAUUUGUGACAUUCCAUGAUCUUGCUUGAUGCUGCCAAAGUUUGUGACUACACAGAAAAGCAGUGGCAGGUUGAGAGUGAAUGACCCCCGGUAAGUUAUUUUGAAAUUGCCAGACUUCGCUCUGCAAGUUUAGUCUCUCAUAGCAACGUGGGCAGCAUAUUCUGUGCUGGCUUCAUUAAAAGAAAACGAUUCCGUCUUUCAGUCAAAAAAAAAAAGAAAAGCUGUAACUGUUGAAGCAGCAUGCACCUAAUAAGAGACUUCUAAAUCUGGCUCCAUCAUUUCAGUCUGUGGACUAGCAGAACGGAGCUUGCAGAAUCCUUCUCAACACGGCCACAAAAACGGUACAGCGUGUGAAGAAGAGCUCAUGGAGCAGCUGGCUAAAGCAGAAACUGAGCAAGAAAAAGAUGAUGUUGGCAGAGGAUAGAGAGCAUUUUGAGGACUCAUUCUCGGUCAAGGCCUCUGCGGCAGAAAUGGAGAAAAUAAGUGGCUUCAGAGAGGUCCUGAAGAGAGAUAACCUGAAGCUAGGAGAAGAAAGAAAGAAACGAGAGGAAAAUGGCAGGCUGGGAGGAAAGAGGGUACGAAAUUCCUGGGUGCCAACCUGCCUAUGGCAACCUAGAAUUCUCCAGGGCAGGCUCGCAAAAUCUUCACCUACUCUCUGGGACAGCACUUUGCAAGAACAGAAGGGGGAAUUACGAAAGCGCCUAUCGUACACUACCCAUAAGCUGGAAAUGCUUGAAACAGAGUUUGACUCUACACGUCAGUAUCUUGAAAUAGAAUUGAGACGUGCUCAGGAGGAACUUGAAAAAGUAACUGAAAAACUGAGAAGGCAAGUGAUUACUCCCCUGAAGACAUAUCAUAAUGGAAGCCAAAAAUAUUUUACGAGGAUACAAAACAAUUACCUAGCCUUACAAAGAAUUAAUCAGGAUCUGGAGGAUAAACUUUACAGAAUGGGUCAACAUUAUGAAGAGGAAAAACGGGCUUUGAGCCAUGAAAUAAUUGCACUCAAUAAUCACUUAAUAGAAGCCAAGGUGACAAUAGAUAAGUUGUCAGAAGACAAUGAGCUCUACAGGAAGGACUGCAAUUUAGCUGCUCAGCUUCUCCAGUGCAGCAAGAACUAUGACAGGGCACAUAAACUUUCAGAGUUGCCGACUGACUUUCAGGAAAGAGUCAGCAUCCACCUGGAGAAACACGGCUGCAGCCUUUCUGUCCCCUUGUGCCACACUUCUUACGCCGACACCAUUCCCACCUGCGUCAUUGCCAAAGUGCUGGAGAAGCCAGACCCACACAGCUUGUCCUCACACCUGUCAAGCCCAUCCACAAGGGAUCUCAAUUUUCAGGACUCUGCUGGAAAAGUGGGACAAAGAGCCCAAUACAAGUCUGACAUCUACUGCAGUGACACGGCCCUUUACUGCCCCGAGGAGAGGAGGAGGGAGAGGCGGCCGAGCGUGGACACGCAGGUGAAGGACGUGGGGUUCCUGCGCUCCCAAAACUCCACGGACAGCACCGUGGAAGAGGACGGUUUCCACUCCAGCUUCUCGCACGAAGCCUUCCCUGAGUACAUCACCUCUCUGCCGACCUCCAGCUCCUACUCCAGCUUCAGCGUCACGUCUGAGGAGAAGGAGAACGCCCAAGCCAACACGCUGACGGCCUCGCAGCAGGCCAUCUACAUGAGCAACCGCGAGGAGCUCUUUGAGAGGAAGUCGCCCGCGGGCUACGAGCACCAGGGGAGCCCCAGGUUCGCCAAGGCCAAACCCGCGCAGCACAUGGAGCUGGCUGACGACAACGAGAACUCGCCCACUUUCACCAGGACUCUGCCCCCGUAUGCAAACGAACCUUUUCAUUUCUCAGCCAUAACACCACAGCAGGCUCUGGCAAACCAGAAAAUGAGGAACGAGUGCAGGAGCACACACCUUUCAGAAGAAGACUUGCCGGGGCGGUGGAGGCAGCUGAGCGUGGAGGACAUUGGAGCGUACUCCUACAGGAACGCUGGCAGGCUGUCGCCCUGCAGUUUCUCAGAGCAGUACUACAGCAGCCCCAUCAAGAAGGGGGACAGUCGAACGAGCCCCAUCUAUGCUAGCUACAAAGCAGACAGCUGCUCGGAGGGAGAUGACAUCUGCCAAAGCAGACUUGUGGACUCUUGCUUCCUGAGAACAGACAGUGGCCUGAACAUUGACAUCAGCACAAGCUGUAAGCAGGACAAAUUACCCACUUACAAAACAAAAGAACCAAGAGACCAAAAAAACGAAAGGAUCACUGUCCAGUUAUGCAGUAGCAAAAACAUCGAAAACAGCCCGGUGUUGAAAAGAGAAUACGUGGACGUGAGCCCCAACAGCUCAGCAGAGUCCCUCAACCAGAGCUCAGUGGAGGCCCCAGAAGUGCACCAGUCUUCCAUGGACCAGGGAAGCCAUCCGGGGGCCCACAGCAAGCAGCCGCAGUUCCAGCGCACGGGGAGCACUGGGCUGAGUCGGAAGGACAGCCUUACAAAAGCACAGCUAUAUGGAACCCUUCUCAACUAGGCACCUCCCCACAUGGCAAUAAGGCAGCAGACAAAGGGAAGGAGAGAGCGUUUGAUGCUCCUAGUGAACAAUAGGGUUCUGAGAAACAGGAUUAUUAUGAAAUAUAUAUUCAUAACGGUACUAUAUGUUUAAAACAAAAUCUCUUCAAAAACGUUAUACAGCACUUUUCACUUGACAUCCUUUCCACAUGGGAGACUGUCCCCUCCCCUCUUUUAUAAACCUGAAAUAUUUUUAUAAACAAAAAUGUAUUUAUUAAACUAUCCUAAGCUAUUUGAGCAGAAUUCUUUUCCCUUCAAGCAGGUUUCUUAUUUAUUUUUGUGCAUGAGGCCAUCUGUGCCUAAAUUCUAGGAGGAAAAGGGUAAAAUCAUGAUGACAGUGACAAAAAAAAAUAAACCCACCUGAUAAAAUACCAUAAAAUGUCAUGUGAAAUUAAAAAAAACCAAGAAUGGUGAAUUUCAAGAAGUAUAUUUUUUAACAAGAAUGGAAUUGUACCUUAAGUUAUUUCAUACAAAUGUAUUUAUGAGUGGCUAAUGUAUGCACAAAGUGAUACUAAUAUUUUGUUCUUUUAAUCCACUGUGUUUCUGCUUUCCUAUUUUUCCUUGUAUACUACCUCAAAAGUAAUUGAGGGUUUCUUUGUCACAUUUUCUGUAGGCUUGCAUUUAUAUUGUCUAAAAUGCAUGCAGUGUCAUAAUUAAUACUGUAUUUUGCAUAACUUAAUAAAAGACACCAGUGGAUAUAUUU